CAUAGACUGCACAGCCAUUUGUCAUGGUCUAACAGCUUAAUACUUUAUCUAUAUGAUUGUCUUAGUUAUCUACCUCAGUAUCCCUGCGAUAAGCGAGGCUGCUCGAUACUUUCUGGAGCUGCAGCUAAGUCAACUAUGGUAUGGGCGCAUCCGAAAUCGGUGCCACACCAUUAAACAAGGUCGAUCUUUUGUCCAGCGAAGAUCAUCAAUACUUAUCAAUUCGAUUCUGCCACGGGCACCUCACAAGUAUCACAGAUCCAGGUCCACAGCAGCGCCCACACGCAUCGUUAUCAUGCUCCCCGAUGUUCAGCUACUGCCCGAGACCACACGCCUCAAUUAUGAGAUUGCCUUUUACAUGUUCCUCGGUACCUGCAGCAUGACCGUCUCUGCCAGGUCUCGCCGUCCAUCCUGAAUCGACUGUGAAUAUCACGUUGCCACCACUGUAAUGGCCGGCAUCCGUCCCAGCCGUUUGUUCUCUGCAUGGAGAAUUGGCUGAGGACUGGAUUUUGAGGCUUCUUCCAUCCGGAUGUCCGACUGCGCUAACGGAGGAUAUUGUCUA